CGUAACUCACCCUCCAUCGUGGAAAACUCAUGAACGUGCAUACUCAAAUUACGGGCUGAGACGGUCACGGGGCCAAAAGGGUCCAACUGCAGCACCUCAGACCUCCCUCCUCAGGCCCCUCUCAUGCAGUAAUCAUAAUGUUCUCCCCUCGUGCCACCGCUGGCUCGGCCCGUAGACAAGCCACAAGGACAGCUGGUAGAAAGAGUCUUGUCUCCACACCAACGGGACUUCUGUUUUCUCCAGUUCGUAGGACUUCUUUGGCAGCGCGGGCGACUCCCACGAGAGUGCAGAGCCAGACUGCAACAGAGGCUGUUAACUAUGAUGUACAAACCUUUGGGUCCUCGCUGCCCGUCAAAGUUAUGGAAGCUUUGACAAUGGCAGACGCUGAUGAUCAGAUAUCAGUGAAGGUAGAAGAGACUGGAUGGGCAUGGAUGGUGUGUGGUGAGAGUUUGAUUGUAUGGAAGAUUGGCCAGACUGCUGUGGCCAAGCUGUCUGUCUGUAAAGACCUCCAGUUGCCCUCCAGUGAGUUUACCUACUCAGCAGAUCUGAUUGCCUUAUCAUCUCUGAGCCCAUUGGAAACUGCUCCCGUUCAGUCUAUCUCAGUAAUGGCGGUGUCUCCUGAGGGAACAGUACGGUACUGGCCAAGUCUGGCCCAUGAAGGCACCUUCACGGAGACUGUGGCAGACCUGGGAGAGAACCUGUGCAACUUCCUCACUGCUGUGAAGGGGAACAGCUUUGUCCUCUCCUCCUACAAGAACCAGCUGCUCCGUCUGGGAAUGGACAUUUCCGGAAGGCUCCAGCAGAGGCCACUGCAGCUGGGACAGGGCAUGCUGUCUGGGAUUGGCCGCCGCGUCUCCAGCCUCUUUGGCAUUCUGGCCCCGCCCACCGACGUCACUCUGCACAGCAUGCUGUGGGUGAGGCAGGCGGGUUGCCUCUACACCCUAACCAGCUGCAGCCUGAACAAGUGGGAUGUGGAGGAGGGCUCCGAGCACCAGGUCUUCAGCUGGGACACAAGCAGGAGCCUCAGGGACAGUAUCUCCGAUGCCAUUUGGGGCUCUGACAGCAACUAUGAAGAGAUAAAGGAGGGAGUGAAUAUCACAUACCUGGACAUGCAGCUUGGGCAGGAUGGGCUGGUGGUCCUGGCAGCAGCCUGGCACCCAUCUGACACCCCCUGCCUGGCCUACUUCUGCCUGGUCACCCUGCUGGAUAAUGGCCCCAACAUCUCAGACGAGGUCUCUGUGGAGGUCACAAAUCACAAGCCACCCUUUCAGACGGAGGACGACCUGCAAACCGUGCGGCUGGUGCUGCCUCCCUCCCCUGGCUCAGCGGCGUACCUGCACAGCGAGGACCUGCUGUAUGCCUGCUCCACAGGCACCGGCAGGAGCAGCCUGCCCGAGGAGAAGAUCCCUCUCAGCUCCCACGGGGAUCAUCUCCUUGGUGCCGGCUGCUAUGCGGACCUGCCAGUUUUCUUUUUGAAGAGCAGUGGCCUGGUGGCAGUGGUUGCCCGGGAGAGCGCCUCUGUGCUUCCUGAGACCAUGGAGGACUCGAUCUGCUCGUCCCUGGCCGGAGCUGUGCCGGAGGGGUCGUCUGCUAUGGAAAGUUCGUUACGGCUGGAUACCGUGGCUCAGGACGACAAAACCAAACUUUUGAAAGCAGCUUUUUUGCAGUUUUGCAGGAAAGAUCUUUUGGGGGCCCAGGCCAUGACCGAUGAGCUCUUUCCACCUGAUGUUGAAGGAGAGAAGGACACUGAGCUGGACAGGGCUGUGACGCAGAUCGACCUGGACCUGGUGGAUGACUACCCCGCCUCUGACCCGCGGUGGGCUGAGUCCGUGCCGGACGAGAGUGGUGGGUUCUCCCUCACAUCCCUGAUUCUCCUACACCAGCUGGAGGACAAGAUGAAAGCCCACUGCUUUUUCAUGGACUUCCUGCAGCAGGUCGGCCUCCUGGAGCGCCUGCGUGUAGUAACGGUGCGCUCGGUUCCCAUGGCGACACGGCUGCUGCUUUGCGAGCAUGCCGAGAAGCUCUCCGCUGCUAUUGUGCUGAAGAACCACCACACCAAACUGCCCGAGCUGGUCAACAGCGCCAUCCUCGGCGCCUUGAGGAAGAGUGGCACCGAUAUACCCACCAGCCUCACGCCUGCCGACGUUUUCUUCAGAGAGGUGUCCCAGAUUUCCACCAUCUUUGAGUGCUUGCUUGAAGAGGAGGAGCGGACCCUGAAGGACCACCCGGUGGAUUCCGUGGAGUGGGGGGAGGUGGUAGUCAACAUCAACAACAUUAUCAAGGACAUGCUACAGGUGGCCUGCCAUUACAGGGAGACUAAAGCCUGUCUGUACAGAGCGCCAGAAGACGGCAGAGCUGAGCCAGAAUUCAUUCCCUGGACAGCCUCCAGCGGCCCUGGGGGCGUUCGGACGGUCAUCGUUCGUCAGCACGAGAUUGUUCUGAAGACGGUGCACCCGCACGCGGACACCGAGCUGCGCGCCUCCCUGUGUGAGCAGCUGGUGGCGCUGCUGGAUGCCUACCUCGGCGGCUAUGUGGCGCAGCUCACCUCGCUCAACCAACCCGGCCAGCAGGAGCACUACAAUGCCCUGGAGAUGGAGUACACGCAGAAACGCUCCGAGCUGCUCGCCCCUUUCUUGGAGCUGGGCCUGUAUCAGUGGGUUGCCCCUCUGGCUGAGAAGUACUGCGACUUCGACAUCCUGGUGCAGAUGUGCGAGCAAACGGACAACCAGAGCCGACUGCAGCGCUACAUGACCAAGUUUGCACACCAGAACUUUGCAGACUUCCUGUUCCGCUGGUACAUGGAGAAGGGCAAGAGGGGGAAGCUGUUGUCCCAACCCAUUGCCCAACACCAACAGCUGGCCAGCUUCCUGCAGGCCCAUGAGCAUCUAAGCUGGCUGCAUGAAAUCAAUGUCCAGGACUAUCAGAAGGCCCACCGGACCUUGUAUGGGCUGGCUAACAUGGAGACGCGCUACUUUGCCAAAAAAAAGACCUUGCUGGCACUCAGCAAGCUGACUGCUCUGACAUCUGACUUCCCAGAGGUGGUUAUGCAGAGGAAGCUGGAUGACAUUUUGGAACAGGAGCGUUUCCUCCUACACCAGGAGACCUUACCCAAGCAGUUGCUGGAUGAGAAACAGCUGAACCCUGACACCAUGCCACUGCUCAGUGCCCAUCACCUCAUUAACCUGUACAUCUCUGAUGACAACAGAAGGGCAAAUGAAUAUGAUUUCAAGAAAGCCCUAGAUCUGCUGGAGUACAUCAACCAGGAGGAUGAAGUGGACAUUGAAGGGCUGAAGUGUGAAAUAUUCUGCAAGGCCCUCAAAAAAGACGACUGGUCUUCUGCUGAUGGAAGUGAUGACCCUUUGGAAGCAGCAAAGGACAGCAUAUUUGUGAAGAUCUUGCAGAAGCUUAUUCAAGAAGGUGUUCAUCUUCAGACUUAUUUACCAGAUGUCAAAGACAUUCUUCAGAGUGAGGAGUUGGAAAGGCUGAAAUCAAAAUCUUCCUUUGAGUUUCUUCUAAGGGCCAACUAUGAACAUUACCUGCAACCAUAGAUAUGAACAUGUUGAGUCAUUCUCCCUCUUCAUUAUGUUUGCACUUCGGGUUUUUUUUGAGGGGGGGUUGCAUUUUCUAAUAAACUUUCAAUUUUUUUAUCUG